AAUAAUAUUUGCAAAGUUUGAACAUAAUAAUAAGCAAGUGGUUCUCUUCAACAAUACAAAAUUUGAUGAAAGAAGAAGCAAAGCAUAUAUAUAUAUAUAUAUAUAUAUGUAUAUAUAUAUGUAAUGGUGUUCAAAUAUCAACCACACAAUUCUCUAUUUCCCAUAUAUAUAGCCAAAGAAGUUUCAAAACCCAAUCACACACAAAAAAAUUCAGUUAAUUAAUACUAUUCUAUUCCAUUCUAUACCAAAAAUCCUAAAAGUUUCUUUCUUUCAUAAUGGGCACUGUAAUUGACUCCCAUUUCUUAGGCCUUACUGCCAUUGUUACAGUGGGAUAUCAGUUGCUCUUCUUCAUAGUCACUGCUCUUCUCAAAAUUGAUAAAGUCACUGACUUUGCUGGAAGUACUAACUUUAUCAUACUUGCUGUAUUGACUCUGGUGGUCAAGGGCUCAUGGCACUUUAGACAGGUUGUUUUGAGUUGUCUGGUAGUAGUAUGGGGUCUUCGCCUUGGACUGUUUUUAUUGUUAAGGAUUUUACAAUGGGGCGAGGAUAGGCGUUUCGAUGAAAUGCGUCAAAAUCUGGGGAAAUUGGCGGUUUUCUGGAUAUUUCAGGCUGUGUGGGUGUGGACUGUGAGUUUACCCGUUACAGUGGUUAAUGCUAGCAAUAGAGAACCAUCUUUUGAAGCUGCAGACAUAAUUGGUUGGAUCAUUUGGCUUAUAGGAUUUUUAAUUGAGGCCACAGCAGAUCAACAAAAAUUACAAUUCAAAAACGCCCCGGAAAAUAGAGGGAAGUGGUGCAAUGUCGGGUUGUGGAAAUACACUCGCCAUCCGAAUUACUUUGGAGAGAUUUUCUUAUGGUGGGGGAUUUUUGUGGCGUCAACUCCCAUACUAGACGGUGCAGAGUGGCUCGUGAUCAUCGGUCCUAUCUUUCUUACCUUGUUGCUUCUUUUCAUUAGCGGAAUUCCAUUGCUAGAGGCCUCGUCGGAUAAGAAGUUUGGAAAUGUGGCUGGAUACGCGACUUAUAAGAAAACAACAAGCCCUCUGAUUCCGCUGCCUCCACAAGUUUACGGGAACUUGCCAUCGUGGUUCAAGAAAAUUUUCCUCUUUGAGCUUCCUCUCUACAAUCGAAAUUUUCCCCAAGAAGGGCAAAACUGGUAUAGAACCAGCUCAAGAGAAGGAAGUGAGGGAUUGAAGAAGAUGAGUUAGUGCAUUUCAUUGUACAUUUAUGUAUUUACUGCUUCAAAUUUUAGCUAUUGAUUGGUUGGAGAGUUUUCAAAAUUGGGUGACUAGACAUAUUUUAUGUUAUUUCUCUAUUUGUUUUUUGACCCUAUUUUGUAAAUACUGCAUUAAAUUUUCCUAAGUAUUUCCUUCCAUUUCCAUAA